GUGAGUUCAUUCCUCGAGGGAAGGAGUAGACGGAGUGCUGUCGGUGUGUUUUUUUUAUUUUUAUUUUUAAAUUCUGAUAAUAUCUAGCAGCCUGACUCGCAUAGACAACGGACAGACCUUUCUACCGAGCCCGGCCAUGGACGAACAGGCGGGCCCCGGCGUGUUUUUCAACAACUCCGUUUUACCCGGUGGUGGGAAGGGCCCGCUGCCGGAUGGCGACGCUGGUGAGACGGCCAGGGCGCAGUACAGUAUCCCGGGGAUCCUGCACUUCCUGCAGCACGAAUGGGCCCGAUUCGAAGUCGAGAGGGCACAAUGGGAGGUGGAGCGGGCCGAAUUACAGGCCCAAAUUGCCUUCCUGCAGGGAGAGAGGAAAGGCCAAGAGAACUUGAAGAAGGAUCUUGUGAGGAGGAUCAAAAUGCUGGAGUAUGCAUUGAAGCAAGAGAGAGCAAAAUACCACAAAUUAAAAUAUGGCACGGAGUUAAAUCAAGGCGACAUGAAGCCACCAAGCUAUGACUCUGAUGAAGCCAAUGAGAAUGAGAAUUCAGGGUCUCUCAACAAUCAGUUGUCUUGGAAACAAGGCCGUCAGCUGCUCAGACAGUACCUACAGGAAGUGGGCUACACAGACACCAUUUUAGAUGUGAAGUCCCAAAGGGUCCGAGCGCUGUUAGGACUAGCUGGGGAUGGAGGUGGAAGAGCAGGUGACCGGGUCACUACUGAGCCUCUGGUAAAUGGAAUGGACACAUCAACAAAGGACACAGGCACCAAAGGGAAAACUGAGCUUUCUGACACCAGUGCUGUAAUGGAGGCCUUCAAAUUCAUAGAGCAUGCAGCAGCUGAGUUCAGUGACGAAGAUGAGGAAGAUGACAGUGAGGCAAAAGAUAGGACUAUUGUGGAAUCUAGGACGAUCAUGAGGAAAAAGCCUCAAUCAUCUUCACCAACAAGUAUGGACACCAGUGAAGACCCAGACAUGGAGGAAGCACUGAAAGGCUUUGACUUCUUAUCCAGCCCUGAUGAAAUGGACACCUCACCAGAGUCCCGAGGCACGGGCGAUGGUACAGACUGGGAGAAGGACGAGCAAAGUCCCAUUUCUGAGGCUUGGGAUGUGGACCAGGGCCUGAUAACCAAACUGAAGGAGCAGUACAGAAAGGAACGCAAGGGGAAAAAGGGGGUGAAGAGGCCCAACCGGUCCAAGCUGCAGGACAUGCUGGCUAACCUGAGAGAUGCUGAAGAUAUGUCACACCUGCAACCUCCAUCCACCACCCAAACGCGACCCAACGUGGUCCGGUUCAAUGACCAUGAUGUGAAUCGAACUGAUGAAGUUGAUGUGCUGACUUUCCCGCCCACCACAGGGAAGGCAUUCAUAAUGGCCGCAGACGAGGCCAUGGUGAGUGAGCUGGGCCUUGGGGAGCUUGCUGGACUCACCGUGGCCAAUGAAGCUGACAGUCUAGCAUAUGAUAUUGGAAACAAUAAGGAUGCUAUGAGGAAAACAUGGAACCCCAAAUAUACUUUGCGGAGCCACUUUGAUGGGAUUCGAGCUCUGGCGUUUCAUCCUGUUGAACCCGUCCUGAUCACCGCUUCAGAGGAUCACACACUCAAGAUGUGGAACCUUCAAAAGACAGCUCCAGCCAAAAAGAGUACAUCUUUAGAUGUGGAGCCCAUUUACACGUUCAGAGCGCACAGGGGGGCAGUACUGAGUGUAGUCAUGAGCAAUACAGGUGAGCAGUGUUUCAGUGGCGGGGUUGAUGGAACCAUCCAGUGCUGGAACACCCCGAACCCAAACAUCGACCCCUACGACUCCUACGAGCCGUCAGUGCUGCGCGGGCCGUUGUGUGGGCACACUGACUCAGUGUGGGGUUUGGUUUACAGCAGUGCACAUCAGCGCCUCCUCUCCUGCUCUGCAGACGGAACUGUGAGAUUGUGGGAUGCUACCAGUACCUCCCCCGCCCUGGCAGUGUUCAACGAAAACAAAAAGCAGGGAGUUCCCACCUCAGUCGACCUGGUGUGCAGUGAACCAGCCCACCUGGUCACAUCGUUCACCAGCGGGGAGAUCGGUCUCUUCAACAUGGAGACUCAACAGCUGGUCCUCAGUCUGGAGUCCAUUUUGGAGCCAGGCUUCCCCUGUCAGAUCAACAAAGUCCUCAGCCAUCCCACACUCCCCAUCACCAUCACUGCACAGGACGACAGACACAUCAAGUUCUUUGACAACACCAGCGGGAAGCUGAUCCACUCUAUGGUGGCUCAUCUGGACGCUGUCAGCAGUUUAGCCAUGGACCCCAACGGACUCUAUCUGAUGUCAGGAAGUCAUGACUGUUCUAUCCGACUGUGGAACCUGGAGAGUAAAACCUGCAUUCAGGAGUUCACAGCUCACAGAAAGAAGUUUGAGGAGUCAAUCCAUGAUGUAGCGUUUCACCCGUCUAAAUGCUACAUUGCUAGUGCUGGUGCAGAUGCUUUAGCCAAGGUGUUUGUAUGACGCGGAGCUGCUUCACUGCCUGCAGCCCCGCCCUCAGCCUCUUGUGAUCAGGGACCAAUAGAGACUCAGAAGGUGAAGGAUCUUCGGACACAGGUCCAGUUCCACCUCAUAUAGCCCACUGGUUUCCAUUUGGACUGACAGAACCUGUAGCCGUUGUCCUCAGGAUAGGCUGUGAUUCUCCACAGGAAGAGUCAAGGAAGCCGAUCAGUAGGAGAUCUGAUCUGGGCCCACAGGUCUCCAAGUUCCCCAGCUACCAUCCAGGCAGGCCUGGGUGUGACCGCCCACAGGGCCCUUCAGCACCUACUCGCGGAUAACUUCACCUCCAUAGCUCGGAGACUCAGGACAUGCUAGCGUGGGCAAAAGAAAUGAGGUUCAACACCGGUCUUCUGCCCCACCGUGACUUCACUCUCAAUCCAGAUCUCUCGGGUCUACAGCCACUCCCCUGCGACGAGCGAGGUCACUCCAUCACAGAUCAAUGUUGUGGUUUUAGGGAAAUGUGUUGUACCGCGGGCACGAGGUCUGUAGUGGAAGUUACCUCCUUCACUUUGCUUCCUAGAAUGACUCGCUGGCCUGCCUUGAUUUUCCUUUUUAAAAAACAAAAAAACAAUAAAAACAAACUUAUUGACAAAUGUGCCUUUGCUUUGAAAAGGUCUUGAAAAUGUUAUUUUAACACGUGUGGUUUUGGGGAGGAUGGAGAGAUGGAGCUGGUUGUGACAAUGUUGUUGAUUUUAACAUUGAAUGUAAAAUUACAAAUGCUUAUCAUAAAAAUAUAUAUUCAGUCUUAAAAUUUACUGCGCAGUGAGUUUGAGCGUUCCUUUUCAAAAUGCGGGUGAGGAGCAAAAAUCCGUAAAAGUGAUACAGACCAUUAAAUAUGUUACCUGUUUGUUGGAUUAACUGUACACUUCAGAAGUACGCUUACUAAAGUGUGUUCAGAGGAAAUUAUUCUGAUUAUAUUAUUACAUAUUAAAAGUUGUAAUGUCAGUUUUUAGGAAUAACUAAUUGACUCUGGCCAGUUUGCUCUCGCUUUGAUUUGAGUGGCUUGUACUGUAUGUAGUCUCCCCCCAUUGUGUGGACACGCCGACUAGUGUGAUGUAUCAUGUCCAGAUAUUUACAGUAGUCCAGUGUUUAGCAGGGAGUUAGUGCAGUACUGUAGGACUAUUUGAAAUAAAGCAGCCGUCCUGUGAUUCCAGUAUAAUAUAAACUGAGCAGGAAGUGGAUUUGGGUGUACAUGGGGACUACAGCUUCAAAUGAGCCAUUUUCUCAGUCACUGGUUUGUAUAUGAAAGUAUGUUUAAAAAAUAAAACCUGCUGUAAAAAGUGUUAA